GCAGAGCAGACCCGCAACGCCGGCUGCGCAACCGCAGCUGCUCGCACGCCGCCCACAAUGGCGCCCGACGACAAGAAGAUCUACAGCGCGACCUACAGCAAUGUGCCCGUGUACGAGUACAAUGUCGCCGGCAAUCAUAUUAUGCGCCGGCGCUCCGAUGACUGGAUCAAUGCGACGCACAUCCUCAAAGUCGCCGACUACGACAAACCUGCGCGAACACGCAUCCUCGAGCGCGAAGUGCAGAAGGGCGUACACGAAAAAGUGCAGGGAGGCUAUGGCAAAUACCAGGGAACAUGGAUUCCUUUGCCAGACGGCCGGGAACUUGCACAAAAGAACGGCGUGCUCGAGAAGCUGAGACCCAUCUUUGAUUUCGUCCCUGGCGACAGAAGUCCACCGCCGGCGCCAAAACAUGCUACAGCUGCCUCAUCUAAGCCCCGAGCCCCGAGAGCGCCUCCAAACUCCAGGCGAGCACCUGCCAAGAAAGUGAGCGAAUCGCCAAUGAACCCGCCAACGAAACGAAGCGCAGGCUACGCAGGCAUGCACGAUUACGACCAGAUGAGCAUGCAAGGCGGAGAAACGCCAGACGAUGUCACUGUUGUUUCCGAAGCUUUCGAUGAUUACGAUCCACAAUACACGGGAGGAGACCGCAAGCGGCGCAGAGUCGAGGAGAUGACCCAAGCUGACAAGGAGCAUCAAUUGUGGGCCGAUGAGCUGCUGGAUUACUUCAUGCUUAUGGACAGCCCACUGGACCAGCUGCCGCUCGCUCCUUCGCCCCCUCAAGGCGCAGACCUCAAUCGACCCAUUGACGACAAAGGCCACACGGCACUGCAUUGGGCUGCUGCCAUGGGCGACCUUGAAGUGGUUAAGGACCUCAUCCGAAGACAGGCGGCCGUGGAUGUGCAAUCGAAGAACGGCGAGACACCGCUGAUGCGGGCUGUGCUUUUCACCAACAACUACGACCGCCAAAAUAUGGAUAAGCUUGCGGGUUUACUGAUUCGUACAGUGAACAUGCAAGAAUGGUGGGGCCAGACCGUAUUCCACCAUAUCGCCAACAUCACGGAACGCAAGAGCAAAUACCAAUGCGCAAGAUAUUAUAUGGACUGCAUUCUCAACAAGAUGCCUGAGAUCAUGAGUCCAGACAAUAUCGAGCGCAUCUUGAACACACAGGAUCACAAUGGGGAUACUGCAAUCACGAUCGCAGCCCGCAAUGGUGCGCGAAAAUGUGUGAGAAGCCUGAUAGGUCGCAAUGCGGCUGUUGGGAUACCCAACUCAAUGGGAGAAACUGCAGACUCUCUAAUUGUCCAGCUGAACCGUCGGCGACAGGAGCGGAACAACCACCGUCAGCUGUCUUCGUCCCCUUUUCAGGCUGACACACGAGGCAGCACGUUCACUGGUGGUCCGGUACGGUCGCAUCUGAAUGGCAUGAAUGGCAGCAUGGCGAUCGACCCAGCUUUGGCCGGCUUUGCCCAAGCUUCACAAUCAUCAGAUAACAGCUUGUAUAAGUCUGAAGCUGCUCUUUCGCUAACGUCAGCAAUCGUACCAGCACUGAAAAGCAAAGCCGAUCAGCUCGCCGCACAUCUCGAGUCAGAGAUUGAAGAGAAAGAAAUGGAGAGGAUUGAAGCCGAGAGGGUUGCUGCAGAACGUUCAGCGCAGAUCGAACUUCUACAUCGGCAGCUGGAAGAGCUCACCGCGAAAGAGCUCGAACAAGCAGGCGACGGAGCCGAUGAUGACGACGCCUUAUCCCAGAAGCUAACCUCGCUCAUGCAAGAAUACGAAGCCUUGAUGAGAGAAGAUGAGGAUGCCGAGUUGAAGCAAAUCUUGAAUCAAGAGGAACAGUCGCAGUCAGACUCUCCCGCUGAUGAUAUGAUGCUCGAAGACGAAGAGGAACUUGUCAGUCAAAAAUUACCACUUGUGCAAGAACUGUACGAGCUUGUGGAGAAACGAAAGACGCUCUUCACGGCCAUCGUACAGGCUCUUUCGAACGCGGGUAUGAACAACAAGCAAACAGAGUACAGGAGACUCAUUACCGGAGCACUUGGCGUUCGAGAGGAAGAUGUGGAAGCUAUGCUACCUGACAUUGUAGCGGAGCUGGAGGAUUGGCAAGGGAUGAAUGUUGGUGUGUCAUGAGCUGUUCUUACCAGCAAUUUAUCUUAGACGGGGCACGCUACGGUGCAGCUGGCGGUCUCGAAAUGCCAUAAGUGCAUGGUGAUCUACAUAUUCCGAGAAGGCGCUAUAUUGCAAAGUCAAUAUGUAGCCCAGUGUCACGAUGAAAUGUUAUACGAUGAAGAGC